CAUGUCUGACAUUCACGCCGACAGCGACAAGCGUAGUGCUUGCCCUCGCUCCCGAUCUGGAACCAGGACAGAGCCACGUCGUGGAAUUGAAUCCGUUCACGUUGAGGAUUUCGGCCUGUUGCUAGACAGACUGUUUUCCAAUGAGGCCAUUGAUCGAGUUGUCCAAGAACUUGUUGGUCAGGUGCAGGUUGCGACGCAAGACGGUGGUCCAUCUGGUGUCCCAGCAACAGUGACAGUUCCUGAGGCGGUGUACGCUAACACCGAGCAGGCAAUCAAGAACCUGCUCCGCCCGUAUGUCACCCCGCUUGUGGUUUGCAAUUCUCCAGGUACAACUGUCCCUAACAUUGCAAGAUUCACAGAACUGCUCCUUGCAGAAUUGGAAAACUGUCAUUCUGCUGCUGUGCUUGGAGCCGAAGACGAUGUUAGAGCCUCAACGUCGCACAGCGUGGACCAAAGCUGUCAGUCCAGGACCGCCAGCUUGAAGACCGACACGGAGACCCAGGAGUCCUCAAGCCAGAACGGACGCCAGCGCAUGCUUGGUCUGUUCAGCAAGCUGAUGGUCCAUCAGGUCAUGGAUAAGAUGCAUGAGGAUUCAGCAGCGCAACAAGAGCAGGAGAGCGUAAGAGGGUCUUCCACCGCUGCAUCCUUGCUUCUCGGUGACACUAAGGACCUCGGCUGCUUUGUCACUGUACUGCUGCUGAGGCUCCUGGCCAGAAUGAGUGAUGGAUGCCCCCGCUGCGGCGCCAGGAGGCUGGACCAGGACCUGCUACAAAAGCUCAUUGAGGAUCUUCUGUUUGAGUUCACCAGUGACCCAUGGUGCCCAAGCUUCGAUGGUGACCUCAGCGACCAAAAGAUUCCGUCCAUCUAUAGGGCCAUGGACGCAGUUUGGCUCAGACUGCUGAAGCAGUUUGGCUCAGACGCCAUCCUGUGGAGGGCCGUCGAUACACAGGAUGACUCAUUUGACGCAACCUUAUUGGCGGAAUUACGAAAGGAACUGUUUACCCAGUGUAACGUAGAAGAUCCUGCUGCACCAUCCACCCAAAGUGACUCGCCGUCCCUCAGCCCCGUGCCUGAACCAUCCACCCAAAGUGACUUGCCGUCCCUCAGCCCUGUGCCUGAACCGUCCACCCAAAGUGACUUGCCGUCCCUCAGCCCGGUGCCUGAACCGUCCACCCAAAGUGACUUGCCGUCCCUCAGCCCGGUGCCUGAGGUCACCUCUGGACAAACAGCUAGAAAAGCCAGAAGUAAACUCAAGAUCUUUAAGAUACGCAGCAGUGCAAAGAUUGCACCAACUAAUGAUGCUUCUGACAAGGGGCUGGAGUCAGAGGCAACCGUCACUCGUGCCCUAUCGGAUGACGGUAUUGCUGCCGCAGCUUCUGGUGACAGGAAGGAGCCACGCAGACGGCCCUGGUACAAGAAGAUCUUCCUCAGGCUCAGCUGUUUUGGAGGCCCAGCUGAGAUCUGACCUGUCCAGCCCACCACCUAUACCCCUACAGCCCAUCCUAACCCAACCCUUCACCCCUACCCAACUCCCCAACUUCUUUACCAUAUCCACCCUUUCCGCACACACACACACACACACACACACACACACACACACACACACACACACACACACACACACACACACACACACACACACACACACACACACACACACACACACACCUAUGCCAGCCACAUCACAAGGCUGCCCAUCACAGCCCAUACAGAGCAAAACCAUUUGUUUUGACUUUACUUUGGAAAGGCCUGUUAAGGAAAGGCCUUAACCCACUCACCCAUUGUGUCCCACACAAGUUUGCAGGAGUUGACGCAAACUGAUGAUAGCUGUGAGUUUGGACCAUUUUGUCCUGAGAGGCCAUGCCCCUAUGCAUCGCAAAUACACCCUACUUCAAGGAUUAUUUCUACCUGCUUUCUGUCCACAAUCCCGAGGCACACCGUCAGAAGUGUCCAGAACACAUCCUCAGAGCCAGGGGUGCCGACAGAGGGGUCCUGUAUCUGCAGUAUUGGGCUGGGGGGGCCCUUUCAGAUGACGUUGUCCUGGGCCAAGCCAAAGCUGUCAGCGGCCCUGCUCAGAGCUUCUGAACCUCUUUCAUCAUGCUUGAGUCCUGGACUGUGUGAAUGUGCAUAGCAACAUUGCUUGGGAAGAGCGGUCCAACCAGGGAAGCUGAUAGGGAGCAACAAACAGAUCACUUGUCCUGUGCUCAGGGAGAAAGGGGAGGCUAAGAACUGGGUCCUCAUGACAUUGCAUGUAUUGGGUGGGGGGUCCCUUUUACAUGACUUUGUCCUGGGUCUAGCCAAGAAUGUCAGCAGGCCUGGGUCCAACAGCGCCGGUGAUAGCUCUGCCCUGAUGUGCUGUGCUGUGCCGAGUCGUUAGGAAAUGGAACGGCCAUUUAGGGUGCCAAGGACUGACUCCAGCUGCAGGUCACGAUUGGGAUGCAUCAUGCAGUCUAGUUGUGGUGUGCAGGGGCACCACAAUGUCAGGCUGUAUUCUGUUGGCUGUACCUGCAGUCUGGCCUUCACUGGGAAGUAGAGAAUGUCCUCGGCCACCGGCAGCAGCGUUCUUUUGCAUAGACGUAGGCACCAAAGUCGGGGGCUGCCAAACGUCCUUUGCAUUCUCCAGAGUGAUAGCUGUGAUCUAGUUGUGGCAGAGGCUUACA